GAGCAAUUAAAAGCUAUGAGACAUGAAAAAUGAUGAAGUAAACGGCUGUUCAGAUGGGGAAUUUAUGUUUUUGGUCAAAUCUUCAAAUUACCCAUUACUGGAAAUUUGUCAGUUUGUCUAAGCCUGAGCUGUAAUCUGUGACUCAGAAUUUUCUAACUCUAAAAAGGGCGAAGGAAAGCUCCUCUGCUUCUUCUUUCCCUUCCUUCUUCUCAGCCUCAUAAUUCAGUUCAUCUCAGCUCAGCUCAAAUUCUUCUUUGAAAAUGGCGUUUUUAGGGACAACCCAGAAGUGUAAGACAUGUGACAAGACUGUUUACUUGGUUGAUCAGCUCACUGCAGAUAGCAAAGUCUAUCACAAGGCCUGUUUCAGGUGCCACCAUUGCAACAACACUCUAAGGCUGUUCAAUUACUCUUCCUUUGAAGGUGUUUUGUAUUGCAAACCUCACUUUGAUCAGUUGUUCAAGAUGACUGGAAGUUUGGAAAAAAGUUUUGAAGGAACUCCAAGAACUGCUAGGAAACACAGAUCUACUAAUCAGGGCCAAUCCAAUAGCAAAGUGUCAAGCUUUUUUGCUGGAACUCAAGACAAAUGUGUUGCUUGCAAGAAAACUGUUUAUCCAAUUGAGAAGGUGGCAGUAGAUAGUAAAUCAUACCACAGAAGUUGCUUCAGGUGCUCACAUGGAGGAUGUGUGAUUAGCCCAUCAAACUACAUAGCACAUGAACAACGACUAUACUGUAGGCAUCAUCACAACCAGCUCUUCAAACACAAGGGAAAUUUCACCCAACUUGACAUCCAUCAUGAACAUAUUAAAGGGACUCGCUAAGAACACACACCACUUCACUCAAUUCAGACUAUAACCUCUUUUCAUCCUUUCAUUAAUCAGUUUUCUUUUUGUUAUAUGUGAACUCAAUGCUUUGUUUUAUCUGAUUGUUACGUAUCGUUUUUA